CACAAGAGAAGAUGAGGUGUGUUUCUGUAACCCUUCUGCUGUGCCUGGCUACAAUGCUGCUCGCUCAAGUUACCUGCCAAAUAAGUGGCCGGUCAAAUUGCCUUUGUCUCAAGACAUCAAAUCGGGUUCCCCGCAAAGAAAAUAUUGAAAAUUACAUGAUGCAAAAUGCAGGCGUCUGCCAUAUUGAUGCUAUUUUGUUUAAAACUGUCAAAGGUCGCUUCAUUUGCGCUGAUCCACUAAGCCCUUCGGCAAGAAAUGCCAGGAAAUAUGUGGACAACAAGAAGGCAGCAGCAACAGCCCGUCCCGUAAACUCAGCAUCAACAUUUAAAACAGCAUCAAUGCUGAAUACCACAUCACAAUGGAAUAUAACGGGAUGAACUAAGAACUACUUCAUUUGA